CUAGGCCCCAAUGGUCAACCCUACUACUACAAUGCACACACGAAAGAAUCCACCUACGUUCGACCGCUUCCUUCAAUACCCAGUGUCACGGCGCCAUCUGCCACAAAGAAGGAGAAACCUGCGGUCAAGACGCCUAUUCCGGGUACCGAGUGGAUGCGAGUGAAAACGACCGGGGGCAAUACUUUCUACUUUCACAAGACGAAAAAGGCGAGUCUGUGGACAGUGCCUGAGGAAAUCAAAGAUGCCCUGGAAAAAUUCGAACAAGAAGAAGCAAAGGCCGUCGAAGAAAGUAAACUAAAGGCUAAACGGGAGGAGGAGGAAGCAAUGAAACGGGCAGAGGAAGAGAGAGCCAGAGAAGUCGAGAGAAUCAAAGCUGAGGUUCAAAAUAUGGUGAAAAGGAAGGCUCAAAGCGACGUUCCUGUUGAUGAAGUCGUUGUGUCCAAGAAGCCCAAAUUGGACCAGACGGAUGAAGAAGAUAACGAAGAGAGCGAAGAAGAAGAAGAUUGGCAGAAGGAGGCAGCUGAACAACUGGCGGCCGAAGCUGAAGCUGAACGGAAACGACAGGAGGAAGAGGCACUGAAAGCGAAGGAGUUAGCUGAGCAGGAGGCAAAAGCGCUCCAAGAUAAGAAAAUCAAAAUACCGGAUAGAGUGGAUCUAUCGAUAGAAGAAGGGAAGGCUUUGUUUAAAACUCUCCUCCGAGAAAAAGACAUCAAUCCUUUACAUCCAUGGGAUACAUCUCUUCCUUUAUUUGUGUCAGAUCCACGAUACGUUUUCCUUCCUUCGGUUUCUACUCGGCGUGAUGCGUUCGAUGAAUAUUGUCGGGAGCGCGCCCGUGAACUUCGACAGCAAAACGUCAAGAAAGAGAAGGAGACCAGUAACCCCAAGGACGAGUUUGAUCGACUAUUAGCCAGUGAGGUGAAAAGCACUAGAUUGUCAUGGGGAGAUUUCCGCCGAUCAUGGAAAAAGGAUAGGAGAUUAUAUGGCUGGGGUCGAGAUGACAGGGAACGAGAAAGGAGGUUCAAGGAAUAUCUCAAGGAGCUAGGAGAAAAGAAAAGAGCUGCCUCUCAGAAAGCCGAAAUUGACUUCUUUGCUCUCCUCAGAGAGAAUCAAUUACCGCAGGAUGCUGUUUGGAAAGAUGUGAAACGUUCGUUGACGCGUGAUCCUCGUUAUGACGCCGUGGGGUCCUCUUCAUUACGGGAAGAAUUGUUCAAUACGUUCCAGAAGGCCCGAGAAAAGGGUAGGGGCGAGACGGCUGCCACGGUGGAAAACCCUCCAGAUAACACUAAAAUAGACGCUGACAUCGAUGAGAGCGAACGUCGCCGUCUACGCAAAGAGAAAGCCGUAAAAGAACGAGAAGAAAAGGUGCGGAUUGAACGUGGAAUUGUAGAAGCAAAUAUAGGACGGUCUCGAAACGAACUAAACAAAGAAGAAGGGCAAAGAGAUUUCAAGACACUGCUUACGGAUGCGAUUCGGGAACCACAGAUUACAUGGGAAAGUGCUCUUCCGCAGCUGCAGACUGAUCCCAGAUUUCGGAACUCCCCUCUUCCCGUCGACCAAAUGCUACACCUUUUCCAUACCCAUAUAGGUCACCUCCGUGGGAAACACAUCAAAAGCCUUCACGCCCUUUUCGAGUCGUAUGCUCCUAGUCUCGCAACUGACUUCAAAUCAAUUCCGAUAUCGUCCCUACUCUCUUCUCUUCCAGUCACCAAGCUUGGAUAUACAACUAAUGUUUUGGAGCAUGAAUUUGAAAAAUGGCAGCGUGAACGAACUUUUGAAUGUCGAAAGGCGUUCGAUGAUAUGCUUUCUGAGAAUUCCUUCGUGGAGUUCUGGGGCAGACUAGGGAAAAUUGGUGGGGAAGGUGUAGAUGGCGGCGUGAAAGCCGACGACAUGGGUGAGGACGAAGGAGAAGGCGGAGGCGGUAAGGUCGAUAUGAAAGCGCUUGCCAAAAACGUUGACGUUAGGGAGAUGGAAAAUGUGUUGAAGAAUGAUAAAAGGUACAUAAUGUUUGAUCAUGUUCCAGAACAACGGGAACGAUGGAUCAGACAUCAUUAUCGGUUUUCCCGUUACCUUCGAGUCCUGAAAGGCGUUUCGAUUAGUCUCGGACGAGCCAUGCGAAUCCUUCCUUCCCUCUUCCUCUCUUUAUCUCUCAUCACUUCGUAUGUCGUCGCACAAGAUGCCACGAACAUUCAUAAAGAGACCUACGACUACCAGAGCGAUGUAGCGCGAAUGCGAAAGAUUGUUAUUAAUAGCCUUUAUUCGCACAAGGAGGUUUUCCUUCGAGAGCUCAUAUCCAAUGCCAACGAUGCGCUUGAAAAGCUUCGCCUAAUAUCCCUCACCGACAAAACUGUUUGGGACGGAAGCGACCCUCUCAAUAUUACAAUCAAGGUGGAAAAGAACGAGGAUGGUAGCGAGGGAACUCUCGUAAUUGCCGACACUGGAAUAGGAAUGUCACCCGAGGAAUUGAAACAGAACUUAGGAACACUCGCGAAAUCGGGCACCUCAGAGUUUCUAGCUAGGGCUGAAAGUCAAGACGGCACCAACACCGGCAAUCUUAUCGGCGCUUUUGGUCUCGGUUUCUACAGCAGCUUCCUGGUUGCGGAUAAAGUUCAAGUAGCUUCACUCCCUCCGCCCAGUGCAGAGAACCCCCAUCCCGUCCAGCAUGUCUUCAGCUCAUCAGCUGAGGAAGGUUCUUUUAACAUCUACCCAGACCCUCGCGGAAACACUCUUGGAAGAGGAACAGAGAUCAGGCUACACUUGAAGAGCGAAGCUAUUGAGUACGCAGAAACUUCUGCAGUCACCGAUUUAGUCAACAAGCAUUCCUCGUUCUCUUCAUCGUUCCCCAUAUAUCUGUUCACUCAACACUUUGAAGAGGUCCCCGAUGAAGAGGCUGAAGCAGACAUUCCUCCUUCAGAACCCGAAGCUACUGAGGAGCCCAAAGACGACGACAAGGUUAUUGACGAGGACGAAGGUAUCGUCGAGGAUGUUACCGAAGAAGCUGAACCAGUCGAGGCUCCACCUCCGCCAAUGAAAUCAAUACUGGUUGACGAAUGGGUCCAGCUAAACGCGCAGGCACCAUUGUGGGCACGGGAUCCAAAGACAAUCUCCGAUGAGGAGUAUAAGAUGUUCUACAAGGCCACCUUCAAAGACAACGAGGAACCGCUGGCUUGGCAUCACUUCUCCGGUGACUCAGGUUCAGGCGUGUCAUUCAAGGCCAUCAUUUUCCUCCCCAGCAAACUCGAUGAGGCUUACUGGCAACAACCGUUGGCUUCGAAGUCGAAAGAUAUUAGAUUGAUGGUUAAGCGUGUCUUUAUCACCAAUGACCUUGGUGACGAUGGCUUGCCUAAAUGGGCCAGCUGGGUCAAAGUCGUAGUCGAUGCCGAGGAUCUUCCUCUGAACGUUUCCCGAGAAACACUUCAAUCGAACCUAUUCCUCAGGCAACUCAAACAAAUCAUUCUCAAGCGUAUCAUCCAGUUGUUUACGCGAUUAUCAGAGGAGGGUGAAAAGCUCGAGGAAAUGCAUAAGACCUAUGGUUCAGUUCUCAAGCUCGGUGCUGUUGAGGACUUAAAGAACCGAGAUAAGCUGACUGCAUUGACACGCUUUGCUACAAACCAACGGGAGUCGGUUUCCCUCGAUCAGGCACGUUCUCGCUGGAAGUCCUACUUGGAGAACAAGAAGCAGGGCCAGAAACAGAUCUUCUUCCUGGCAGAAAUGGGCAAGGAGACGAAAGACCUUGCGAAGAGUGUCUUUGUUGAAAAACUAGAUGCACGAGGUUACGAGGUUCUUCUCUUGAAUGAACCGUUGGACGAAAUUUUGGUGCAGAACAUUCGUCGUUGGAAAAAUAUUCCGUUCCAAGAUGUUGCUAAAGUUGGCCUCAAGUUCGGAGAUGAAGAUCUAGACGCCGAAGAAGCGAAGGAAAACCAAGAGGCUCUGGCCGAGAAAUUCCGGCCGCUGCUGGAUUAUCUCAAGAAAGAGGCCGAGGGUGUCGUCAGAGAUGUCACAUUGUCAGACCGUCUUGUAACCAGUCCCUGUGCGAUCGUUGCUGACAGUCAUGGCUACACCGCUAAUGUCCAACGGAUGAUGAGCGCGUCGCACAAAGGAAACAACGGGCCGAAUGACUUCAUGCAUGAAUUUGCCAUGAAAGCUAAAUUGCUAGAGAUCAACCCUCGUUCGCCCUUGAUUGAGGGUCUACUUCGUAAAGUCGAGGCUCUUCCCUCGGAAGAGGAGGAAGAAAGGGAUCUCGAAGCGGAGGAAGAGCUCAAGGAGGUCACGUCUAUUCUCAUCGACGGCGCCCUAAUUCGCUCCGGCUUCGAAGUUCCCGAUACUAACGACUUCUUCUCUCGAGUGGAUCGUGUAUUAAGGCGAUCCCUCGGCGUGUCUGAAACAGCGCCCACCGAUGCCACAGUGAAACCCGCGCCUCCCGUUGACCCCGAGCUGCCAGAGCCCGAGGAUUUCCUCAGCGACAAGCCCGGUAUCGUUCUUCCCGAUCAUAUGAAAGAUCAGGUCUCGAUCGAGAUGGAGGAAAUCGAUGAGUUUGGCAAUGUAGUGGUGAAUCAUGACGAGCUUUAG